UUAAAUGGAGGUACCAUUUAUUAGAAACAGCCGAGAUUGCAUUCAAUUUUACAAAAUCUCCUUAAAAAUAACCUGAGAAAGAAUAGGAUAUCAUAUCAAUCUGUCAGCUGCUACGUCUCACACAGCAAUUCACAACCGACUUGAUUUAUUUUAUUGAGAGAAAUUAAACUACUGAGGGUAAAGUAAAAUGCAUGUAAACAACCCCUCCAGCAAUGAGCUGUAGUAAAACCUACGAUGCAGUGCCUUGACAGAUAUGAUGCAAUGCCCUCAUGUUCAAUACCAUCUCAAGGAUAACCUAAACCUACCCCCACAAAGGCCCCACUAUGUUACAACCGCCUCUCAUCUCCAUUCAAGUCCGGAUGCUGUUGGCUAGUCGCAGUGUAUAGCCACUGCCCCUCCCCCAUUCAGAUUUUCCUCUUGUGAUUUUAAGCUUGUUUUCUUCCGCAAUGUAAUAUUCCCCCAACCGCGCAUGCGCUAUAAUAGUCAUCUAAUGCAAAUAUCACUGCGCCACAACAAUCCAAUGUAGAUAGAGCGGCAGGAAUGAUGCAACACAUUGACGGAACUAGUAUACAGUCUAUGACAUUCAGUUAAAUUAAAAAUUGUAUUCGAACAAUUUACAGAGAGGACGUUUUAAUGCACUUAGUCUAGAUUACCUCUGUGUUAUUGCUUCAUCCGACAUGUUCGAGAACAUUCCCACUGGCCGCAGUCGAGCGGAAAAGAUGACGUCAAGCGCCUAGCGACACCGCCUCUCUCCCCUCUCCUAUGCACCCACAAGGUUCACAGGCAAAAUACUCACCAUUCGAUGUCUAUAAACUGAAUAAAACACCACUCUAAAUGUACAUGCUACCCUAACGAAGCUGUUUAUGGUGUCAAAGCCUUUCCAUCCGUUUUAGAAACGGUUUAAAAUUAGGUAAAUCGCUUGACAUUACCCAUUAUCCAGCAGACGUAGAAACUUUUUAAGCUCGGCAGGGCUGAAGUGACCACAUGACCGCUCUCGGCCAAUGGGAACGACGUUUGCGUGUUUUCGCUGGGCUUUUUCUCGGAGACGACCGACGACUGGGGAUGUUUUCAAACCCAGCAAUAAACUGGAAAGAGACGUCAGACAGUCGUAGGCUACUGUUAAUUGUUCAAUAUUUAGGAAAUUACUGUUUAUACUACGUAGUUUAUAUUCAUGGAUGAACACGAAUGAGCAAGCGGAACCCGAAAAGCAUUGGAAAGGUAAGCAGAAAGUCCAUGAUGUGUGCUGUGCCGUAACUGUCGGAGCGAGUCACACGGCGGGAGGGAGGGAGGGAGGCCGGCAGCUCACUGCACCAUGGCCAAACCCGGGACAGACAGAGACGGAGCCAUGGUGGACAAACCGACUGGGAAGAAGAGCAAAGAUAAGAUUUCCCCGUUCACCAAGACUCCGAAGCUUGACCGUAGUGCGUUGCUGGGGGGGAAGGAAGGGAAACCACCCAAGUCUUCCAUGAAACGCAAACUGUCCUUCACCGUGAGCCCCAAGGAGAGAGACUCAGACACAGAUGAGUCAGACCCAGGCCAGUCCACUGAGUCCUGGGGAGAGUCUGAGGGGAGGUUAGUGACUCCCUGCAGGAUGUGUUUAGCAGAUAAAGACGGCCCGGAUAAGAAGAAAAACAAGAAGGAGUCUGGGGGAAGUAAGAAGGUCCCGGUCAAUCUUCUGUUUGGCUACCCGCUGUCGGAACGCAAGCAGAUGGCCCUACUGAUGCAGAUGACCGCCAGGGACAACAGCCCAGACUCGACCCCCAGCCACCCGUCCCAGGCCCCCCCGGUGCAGAAGAAGCCCCCCAGCAGCUCGGCCUCCAGAGCGAGGGACAAGGUGAACAAGAGGAACGAGCGUGGAGAGACGCCGCUACACAUGGCGGCCAUACGAGGGGACGCCAAGCAUGUCAAGGAGCUCAUCAGCCUCGGGGCCGACGUCAACGUCAAAGACUUUGCAGGCUGGACCCCUCUUCACGAGGCAUGUAACCUUGGUUACUACGAUGUGGCCAAGGUCCUGAUCGCGGCAGGCGCAGAGGUCAACACUCAGGGUCUGGAUGACGACGCGCCGCUCCACGAUGCCUCCAGUAGUGGACACACAGACAUUGUGAAGCUGCUGCUGAGACAUGGAGGGAAUGCGUUCCAGGCCAACAGGCGAGGGGAGCGACCCGUAGACAUCGCUGAUUCCCGGGAGCUGGAGCUCCUCCUAAAGGGGGAGGUGCCCCUCUCAGACGCAGAGGAUAGCUCCUCAGAGUCUGAAGACCCUCCGUCGGUAAACCCCUCAAGUGUGGACGUGGAUGAUGACAACAUGGAUGACUCGGACGUGGAGAAGGUCUCUGACGGCAAACGGAGCACCGUGAAGGCCUCACCCUCCAUGUCCGGCCUGGAUGAGUAUGAGUUCAAAGACGAGGAGGAAGAAGAAGACCUGAGUAAAGCCCUGAACGACAGACACAUCCUCCGGAGAGAGCUGAGGCAGGAAGAGAAGGAUCAAUUGGCCGCGAAGCAGAGCGGCUCUGUCCAGUCCUCUAAGUCUAAGAAGACAAAGACGUCGUCCCGCGUCCUGUACUGCAGCUCGGAUAGUUCCAGUGAUGAGAUGGAGAUGCCGUCAGAGAGAAGGAGCUCUCCGACCUGCUCCCACGGCUCGGAGGGACACAAGGCGUCAGACGCCAGCAGGACUAAGAAAGAGAACCUCGUGACUUCCGAAAAGAAAGACAAAGGCAGUAAAGUAAAGAAGAAGAACAAGAGCAAGAACAAGAACAAGGAGAACCAGGAGGACGGGAAGGAGAACAGCAAAGCUCUGGUGUUCUCCGUAGCCACCGUGUCUGUGUCAGAGACGCACACGGACAAGAACAGCCGGGGUCUCUGUGGGGACGAAGACUCGUUCAAGAUGUCCUUCAGUCCCAAGGACGACUCGUCCGUCCACCUCUUCCACCUGUCCGCCACCGUCAAGUCCCCCAAGCUCAACCACGGCCUGGCCGACAAGCAGCCGUCCUUCAACCCGCUCAAACAGGAGAACGCCAAGAUGACCUGCGUCUCGAUUGCCGAAGGCCCCUGUCUGCCGGAUGGUGUCAAGUACAACCACUACAACCCAGAGUCCGAGUUCUGCACGGAAAGCUCCAGUAGUAAAGGCUGCAAGCACAAGGAGAAGAGCAAGCACCACCAGAAGGACGUCACCGUGGACGCUGGCGGUGGUGCGGUGGGGGAAGAUGGGGGCUCCAGUCCGUAUAAUAAAGACGUCAGCGUGGCCAACAGUGUCGACAGCUCUGAGGGUGGUGCCUUACGGAAAACGGACAAGGACGGCAAGGUGGUCAAGAAGCAUAAGCUAAAACACAAGGAGAAGGACAAGCCCAGGAGGGAGUAUGAGACGGAGAGGAACCGCCACCGGCAGAAAGAGGGCAGUAGGAAGGACGGCCACAGGAACCUGGAGUUCGACCGGGAGUUCUGGAAAGAGAACUUCUUCAAUGAUGACGAACCUUUGCCUCCAGGGAAAACGGAGAGGGAGGACUGCGGAUCUCCUCAGAAUACAUUGGGCAGCUCUCCUGUCAAGGAAGAGAGAGGGACAAAAGAAAAACACUCAUCUAGCAGCAAGGAGAAGAGGCCGAGAGAGGAGCGCUUGAAGAAAGAGAGGAAAGAGACCUCUGCUGUCUGUAAAGAGGAGAGGGGGGGAAAGGAUGGGAAGCUCAGUGAGCGUGAGGAGAGAACGGAGUGCCUAAGCUCUGGACGGGUUUCGGUUCCUGAGGAGACGCAGCAUAACCCCACCAGUGUGAAAGUCGAACCGGAGGAGAAACCGGUAACGGGGACCCCGUCUACGGCUGAUUCAGACCAGCUGGAUGCCUCUGAGAAAGGCCAGCGGGACAAAUCAGACAGGAGGCCUUCUGUAAAGGAACGGGAGGCUGACAAGACGGAUAAAAAGCAUCCUGACAAGGAGAAGAAGGUCAAGAUUGAGCACCCUGAGAAUUCCCAGAAUUCCAUGGAUCGCUGGAAAGAGAGGGAGAAGGAAAGGACGGCGUCCCCUGGUGACAAGAACCACAAAGAGAUCGAGAAGCUCAGAGCCUUGUCCACGACGAAAAAACACGAGGAGAGCAAGGACAAGAAGAGCAAAGACAAGCCAGAUAAGAGGAGUGACAGGGAGAGGCAGGAGAGGGAGUACAGCGCGGGAGAACACAAAGACAGGACGAGCUCCGAUAAGAAAGGAAAACCACCCUCAGAGAAAUCCGUGGACCACAGUAAAUCAGAUCGGUCUAAGGAAAAGGAGAAAGACAAAGACUGCGAUAAGAAGAAAAAGGAAAAAUCUAAAGACGGCUCUUCCUCAUCUUCCUCCAGCUCUAACCUGAAGCUUCUCUUGGAGGAGAAGGGCUAUGUGUCUGAAAGUGGCAAGACCAUACCAGCAAAACUACUAAAGACCGAGGACCUCCCAAAGACGCCAGAGAAAGACCGGAGAGACCGAGAAUCCAGAGACUCUGACCGGCACCGAGAUCGGGACAAAGAGCGUCACAAGUGCGACAAGGACCGUUCCAAGGAGGUUAGCAAGGCCAGUAAGACCAAACCCAACGAGACCGAGACUGACCGAGAAAACAGGUCCAAAGUUAAGGCCUCACCUGUCACCCGGGAAGAGCAGAGGCCCAAAGAGAAACGUCUGGACAACGAAGACCUGAGGCAGACCAGCUUCGAACGCAUGCUGAGUCUGAAGGACCAGGAGAUUGAACAGUGGCACCGGAAACACCUAGAAAAGAUCAAACAGAAGGAGAGGGAGAGGAUGAAACAACGGCCCUCUACGACGACAGACCCAGGGAAGCUCAAAAGCAAAGCCAAGGCCAAGAUGACGUCCUCAUCUUGUGGAGAACCGUGCUUGAGCAAAGAAUUGCUUCGCUCCAAGAGCUCUGAAAGCUCCUCCGAUGUUAACUUCCGGGACCGAGACAAACCCCUUAAGGACAGCACCAGCUCCAGAACCGUGUCUCUGGACGGGAAGACACUCUCCUGCCUCAGUGGGAAGCUGGUGGCUGGUAUGGAGAACAGCUUGAGCAGGUCCCCCAGGCCAGAAAGUGAGCGGUCGGGUCUCAUGUCCAGGUCUGUGUCCAUGGUCUCUGUGGCCAGCUCUGAGGACUCCUGUCAGGCCACCAUGCUGACGCCGAGACCCAUCGAGUACGACUCGGAUAUGACCCUGGAAGCCUCCCAGGACUCUCAGCCGCCUUUCCUCCAGUCUUCCCUCCUCUCACAUUCUAGAUCGCCUGCCGUUCACGACAAAGACUACAACAGUCUUCCAGAAGCGGUGGGGCAAGGUAACCGGACUCCGCUGCAGAGCAGACACGCUUCCCCUUACCUUAGGGCUAUUCUGGACGAAGAUGCUAACUGUGCAACGGCGUCUGAGGGCAAACCGUUCGAAACUCAGUCAAAGGCCGCCGUGGUGCCUGCUGCUCAACCCAGUGAAGAGUCCACAAGUGUUAAGCCUUUAGAAACCUGUGCAGAUCCAGAGGAGAGCCAAAGUCAAAGCGGUCCUGUUCAGAUGCUUCCGAAUCUCCCUAAUCCAAGAACAGAUGCAGAUCUCAACACUGAGAGUGAAGGGAACACCACUCCAAGAACAGAUGCAGAUCUCAACACUGAGAGUGAAGGGAACACCACUCCAAGAACAGAUGCAGAUCUCAACACUGAGAGUGAAGGGAACACCGCUCCAAGAACAGAUGCGGCUCUCAACACUGAGAGUGAAGGGAACACCGCUUCAGGUGUCCUUCUCCCACCUCAAGCAUCCAACACCAGAGAUCCUCACGUAAAGGACUCCUCAACACUUCCGCAGGCUGGUGUCCCACAGAUAGCUACACCAGCACCGAGAGGGUCUUCUUCCACCUCUGACCCUCUCCUAAUACGGGACGUACAGUGUAUCCCUGUAGAGACCUCCAGUGCGGAGCCUGAAUGUAGUAGGAAGGAGCUGCCCUCUGAGGACAUGGUGGCGUCGUCAUCUCUCUCCUCUCGACCACUGUUCUCAUCUCUCUCUGCUAGCCAGUCAUGGCAAACCCUUCCAAACGCCAGUAUGGUGACCUCACUGCAGAUGCAGACGGAGACUGAUCCAUCUCUGGCUCUCGAUCCUAAAGAUAAAGCUCCAGUUGAGAGUGCAGCCAGCAGCGCUGAAAGCAGAGCAGCUGUAGAGAGCCCUGAGAGUGCGUUAGUAGCGUCUAGACCGGAAUGGAUGGACAACCCAGUAGCUUCCACCAGUGCUAGCACAGAGGAGUCCAUGGCGACCACCACCAGCAAAACCAAGGACUCUCCAGAGGAGAUGGACACUGACGUGAACAGUCAAGAAGACUGUAAGAAAUCCAGAUUCUCCAGUGACGACGUGGGUCCUAGCGAUCCUCAGCCGGACAAAAACGACCAGCUUACACCGUCCACUGUGUCGCGCUGCCCGAGCCCUGAACACAAGGGACAAGAAACGUCCGAUGCUCCUGACCGCACAUUGGAGAAGAGCAGAGGUCCUGAGGCCAUGUCAACAGAAAGGGCUAGUUAUUGGUCUUCAUCAGAGUGCAGUAGUACGGUCGCCGUCCCUGAGGUGAAGUCAGAGCCAUGCCCAGAGCCAAUGGAAAUGUCUUCUACCUCCGAGGAGAGACCAGAAGGACAGACUCCCUCGAUUGUUGGAUCAGACCACACCCAGAGUACUUCUGGACAGAGUAGUAACUUCCAGCAGGGCUCUCAGACAGACCAGAGCGGUAGUGGUAGUAGUUACAGCAGCAGUGGGGUCUCUGCUAGCUCUUCCCCCCAGUCUGCAGACAGAGACUCUGACUCCUCCGGGGCUAAGGCCAAGGUCCUCUCCCUAACCAUGGAGGAGGACCAGGACUUCCAGCAGACACACCCCAGGAAGAGGAAGAUGCCCAGGAUGUCUACCUCCAACCAGGCUGGAGGCAGCACGCAACAGCAGUCUCUGGCGGCCAUCGUUGACUCUCUGAAGCUGGAGGAGAUUGAGCCGUACCAGACAGAGAGGGCCAACCCUUACUACGAGUUCCUGCACAUCCGCAAGAAGAUCGAGGAGAAGCGCAAAGUGCUGCUGAGCGUCAUCCCCCAGCCGCCGCAGUAUUACGACGAAUACGUGACGUUUACAGGAUCUUACCUGCUGGACGGGAACCCGCUCAGCAAACUCUGUAUUCCAACUAUAACUCCCCCUCCGUCUCUGCCGGACCAACUGAAGGAGAUGUUUAAACAGCAGGAGGUUGUUCGUAUGAAGCUGCGCUUGCAACACAGCAUUGAACGGGAAAAGUUGAUAGUUUCCAACGAGCAGGAGGUGUUACGAGUCCACUACCGGGCUGCCAGAACGCUAGCCAAUCAGACACUCCCGUUCAGUGCAUGCACCGUGCUAUUGGACGCCGAGGUGUACAACAUGCCUCAGGAUGCCCAGGCAAGUGGCAUGAUGUCACGCACUGUAGAAUCAGGUGACCAAGAUGGCAAGACGUCGGUGAGGGAUCGUUUCAACGCACGCCAGUUUAUGUCCUGGUUGCAAGAUGUGGACGACAAGUUUGAUAAACUCAAGACGUGUUUGCUGAUGCGGCAGCAGCAUGAGGCAGCAGCUCUAAAUGCUGUACAGCGUCUCCACUGGCAGCUGAAACUCCAGGAGCUGGAUCCAGCCAUGUACAAGUCCACCUCCAUCUUCGACAUACCCGAGUUCUACAUCCCCCUGGUAGAGGUCAACGACGACUUUGACCUCACGCCCAUAUGACCUGUGACCCUUGACCUUUAGGCUACGACCCACGGUCAGGGUCAGGCAGAAGGAUCAUCUAGUGGCCAUCUACCUCUAACAGGGAUGAAGAGAUGGUGGGAUGGAGGGGUCAAACGUUAGAAGGAAUCAAGUCAGGAGAAGAAGGAAAGAAAAACAGGAAGCACUUGGAACAGAGAGCGCCACUAGUGUGUGAGAGAGAGCCACUAGUGUGUGUGAGAGAACCACUAGCGUGUGAGAGAGAGAGAACCACUAGUGU